UAGUCUGUGAAUGAUUGUGUCAGUGAGUGUUCACGCGUCUCGCGUGUUGCUUGUCACUCGGUUGCGCGAAAUUUUCGUCGUCUGUGCGUUGUGUAGUUGUAAUGUUUAGAUGUUCUGAACUCGUUUAACUCUAAUUGAAGAGUUGUUGUGCUCAUCCCGUGACUAGAUUUAUAAUAACAUACUAUGGCACGCGCGUUUGUAAUAUUGUUAUCGCUCACACUGAUGGGAUGUCUCACAGAGUCCUCCCUCUACACACCGUUUGUUCCUAAAACAUUCAAUUUAGAAGAAAUCGUGCCUUUACAGCCCGAUUUUUAUCCAGAAAGGGUGCAAAUAAAUUGGAUCUCAGAUACAGAGUAUAUAGUGAGGGAACAUCACAAGGAUUUUAGAAAAUAUGACGCCACAACUGAUACUUUUGUGACUAUAUUAAAUGAAAGUGACUGGAUCAAUUUGAACCAUUAUGCUGUGUCGUCGUAUUCAAAAGACCUAAAAUAUUUUUUGCUGGCUGCUAACAUGACUAAGAACUUUAUUACAGAGGAGGUGUUCAACGCGCCCGAAGCGCUGUGGUUUUCGCCUAACGGAUCUUAUCUCGCCGUAGCUUCCUUUGACGACAGAGAGGUGGAGUCCGCCAUUUAUCAAUACUAUGGCAAUCCUAGCGAUAUUGAUAACCAAUACCCAAAGCUUGUUCAGUUUAAAUAUCCCAAGGUAGGUCGCACAAAUCCAGUGGUUACUCUUCGAGUCUACAAUUUAAGUAAUAUAGAAAGCGAACCCCUAUACAUACCGGCUCCUGUCGAUGUAAUUGGACUGGAUCACAUACUGGGUAGAGUAAACUGGGCAACGGAUCAAAACUUGAUCGUUCUUUGGCUGAAUAGAAGACAGAAUAUCAGCAUCCUUAUUAAUUGUGAUUUAAUUAACAAUAAAUGCAGCAUGGUAAAAGAACAAACGGAGAGAAAUGGCUGGAUAGAUAUACAGGAUCCUUAUUUCGAUAGCACAGGAACUAAAAUGCUUGAAAUACAACCAAUGUUCUUUAACGAUCAAAGGUUUCUUCAUGCAGCUCUGUUUGACUUCAAUACAUUGACAACGACAGAUUUGAGUCCGGGAAACUCUACGGUGACUUCGAUUGUCGGAUGGAAUGAGGAAACGGAUACAGUGUAUUAUAUUGUAUCGCCUUGGGAUCUGCCGUGGCAGAGACAGUUGUGGGCGUCGUCGCAAGGCAUCAGUAAAUGCAUAUCUUGUAGAGAUGCGACGUGUCGUAACGUUGUUGCAGAUUUUUCACCACAAGCUAGUUACGGUAUCGUGUCUUGUAGUGGAACCAAUUCACCUCCUGUCACAUAUUUAGUUAAUGCAAAGACAAAUGGAUUAAAGAUUGUCGUAUAUAAUAAUGAACUGAGUGAAAAGUUAAGGCAUUAUCGUUUGCCGAUGGCCUUAUUCAACUCUAUCACACUGGACGAAGACAUCGUGGCCCACGUGAAACUGUUACUUCCACCUGAAAUGCAAGAAGGAAAGAAAUAUCCGAUGAUAUUGAGAGUUUACGCCGGUCCUGGUACAACUAGAGUAAGGGACAACUUUAAUUUAGAGUACUACGCGUCAUAUCUAGCAACAAAUAGGAGUUUCAUAGUAGCAUCAAUAGACGUCCGAGGCUCAGGCGCUAUGGGUGUGGAGGCGAUGCACUCGGUUAACAAUGCGCUCGGCUCUGUAGAGAUAACUGACACCUUGUCUGCGCUCGAACGGUUGAUAACUAUUUACCCAUUCAUCGAUCCGGACCGCAUUGGUGUAUGGGGCUGGAGUUACGGCGGGUACGCCACCACAAUGAUGCUCAUAAAAGACAACGUCAAAUUGCUGGCGUGUGGCGCUGCCGUCGCGCCUGUCACCUCUUGGCUCUACUAUGAUUCGAUAUACACGGAGCGUUAUAUGGAUACACCACAAGCCAAUCCAUUAGGCUACAAGCUGUCGGACCUACUAGGCGCGGCGCAGAGUCUGCGCGGCCGCCGCUACUUGCUGGUGCACGGCAGCGGAGAUGACAACGUCCACUACCAGCACAGCUUACAACUUGCCAAGCAGCUGCAGCAUGCUGAUAUAGCAUUCGAACAAUUGAGUUACACUGACGAAAAUCAUUCAUUGGCGGGAGUGAGUCGACAUUUUUACCACGCGCUCGAUCAUUUCUGGACGGAAUGUUUUGAUCAAUAGAUAUAAGUCUGUUAAUUUAUUCAUAUGUAAAUUACUUAACAUGAGAUGCAAAAAUCAAGACUGCGUGAAUAUGUGUUCCGUUGCUUCGUGGUACAUAAAAUUUUACUAUUUGGUGAUGACAUUAAAUACAAUGAAGAAAGAUGUUGUAAGUGUAAUUCGAAUAAGUUGAGAUUAAAGAUUUAAUUUAUAAA